CACUGUAUUGUAGCGUUUGGAAUGUCUGACAGUACUGAUUCACGGGACCUGGCGCAUGAUGAAUUGCUAUUAAUAGAACGACAGGGGAAAACCCAAGUUUCAGUUGGCCAAAACUGAGGUCACAGGUGCCGUAUUUGAACAUAUUUGGCGUCUGAGAAUUCUAUCCGCAUACGAAGAAGCGGGUAAGGAACGAUGGCAGCCCUUGUGGACCAAGACGCAUCCACAGCAGGAACAGAAGGCACACACGAGUCGUUCUACAACAGAACCACCGAGGAGGCAGCGCACAAGAUUAUCCUCGAGUACAAACACGAACUCCGUGCUCAGAUCAGCUCCCAUUUUCCUUUACGAACAAUAGAGAAGUCAGUGGGUGAGGACUACAUCCUAGGUCGGGGGAAGGGAUCGGACGUACUUCUAAAUGACGAGCGUAUGUCACGAACAUAUGCUGAAAUUGCAACAAAACCAGGAGGCGAUGAAGGUGUGAGGUUCUUCUUGAAGAACUGUACAAAGAAUAAGUCUGUCAUCUUGGAGAGCUACCAGAAGAAACCGUUGACUCUAAAGGCUGGGAUGGAAGCGGAACUUCGGGAUAGAAGCAGUUUCAAACUGAUGGAUGUGGAGUUUAGAGUAACGGUUAAUUACGGCUGUGUGGAUUCAUCUGAGGUGGAACUGGAGGUGAAGUGUUGUGGCGGAACGGGUAAGGCAUGUUGCCAAGAGAGUGUUGGGGUCCCGGGAUCUGGACCAAUGCCGUGGCCGUGCGAGCAAUGUCCGCAGAACCAGUGUCAGAGAGGUGUUGAUUGUUCGGACGACCAGAAACCGCAGUUGUACACCAACCCGACGACGACUGUGCGCCUUGACGCUCCAACCUCACCCGUGGCGGCAGAUGGGGAUGCUGGUGGACGUCAUGAACGUCACGGGCAUAAAGUAAGUAAUGACGAUUUAAUGAACCCUCUGUCAUGGGAACAAUUUCCUAGGGGACCAGCUCUACGAUCUCCAGGAGACAGUUCUCCCUUCAAUUCUGGUUUUCCUGCUAUGCGACUACAGAGCCCUGGAACUGGUGAUCCAGAAGUUCUGAUGUCAACAGACAGAAGCCCAACAGAACACGAGGAGGAAGAGAAGUGAGUGUGUUUGACCUAGCGUCGCUUGUAACAGUAUUAACCAUGUCAGUUUCAUGUGGGGGAAAAUCCCCCAAACGAUGCGGGUCGUGGAUGUUUACCACCGUGAGCACUGUCUGACAGACUAAUGAUCUGGAGCUCAAACCAGCGGAAAUGAGAUAAAGAUCCCAGAACGAACUGCUGUGUAUGAAGUGGCAUUGCCAGCAUAAAUCUAUUUUACCACACAAUUUGAAAUAAGGCAAGGUAAAGUUCCUAUUCGAUCAUUUUUAUGUUGUUUGCUUAACUCGCACUAUAGAAUCUAUUUGAUAAAAUCUAAUUACUAAAUAGUAUUUUUGAAAACAGAAAACCACGCCUCUCGCUAUCCAACUUUUAAUACAAAGGCAACAGGGUUUACUUUAACUGGCCCAGUGUAAAGUGAAACUGGAAACCAUGGCCACUGACUUGUCGUCAGGGUUACAGUGUUGGUCAAAGAAUGGGAAAGUGACAAAAUAGGAUCUCAUUUAUGAUGUAUUUAUGAUGCAUUACUCCCCUCAGAGAACAGAUAAGUGUAUGAAAUAUUGUAAGGACAGUUAGUUCUCUUGUGGGUCGAGGAAUGGCAACAGUGACAAACUAUGAUCUGGUUUUAUUUAAUAGGUCAUGCAAUACUCCCCACAGAGAACAGACAAUUGUAUGGGAUAUUGUAAGGACAGUUAGCUCUUUUGUGGGUCGAGAAAUGGCAACAGUGACAAACUAUGAUCUGAUUUAUUAAUUUUGUGAUGCAAUACUCCCCUCAGAGAACAGAUAAUUGUAUGGAACACUGUAAGGACACUUCUCCUGUGGGUCCUGAAAUGGCAAAAGUCACAAAAUACGAGCUGAUUUAUUAAUUUUGUGAUGCAAUACUCCCUUCAGAGAACAGAUAAUUGUAUGGAUCACUGUAAGGACUCUUCUCCUGUGGGUCCUGAAAUGGCAAAAGUCACAAAAUACGAGCUGAUUUAUUAAUUUUGUGAUGCAAUACUCCCUUCAGAGAACAGAUAAUUGUAUGGAUCACUGUAAGGACACUUCUCCUGUGGGUCGAGAAAUGGCAAAAGUGAUAAAAUAUGAUCUGAUUUAUUAAUUUUGUGAUGCAAUACUCCCUUCAGAGAACAGAUAAUUGUAUGGAUCACUGUAAGGACACUUCUCCUGUGGGUCGAGAAAUGGCAAAAGUGAUAAAAUAUGAUCUGAUUUAUUAAUUUUGUGAUGCAAUACUCCCUUCAGAGAACAGAUAAUUGUAUGGAUCACUGUAAGGACACUUCUCCUGUGGGUCCUGAAAUGGCAAAAGUCACAAAAUACGAUCUGAUUUAUUAAUUUUGUGAUGCAAUACUCCCCUCAGAGAACAGACAAUUGUAUGGAACACUGUAAGGACACUUAUCCCGUGGGUCGAGAAAUGGCAAAAGUGACAAAAUAUGAUGUGAUUUAUUAAUUUUGUGAUUCAAUACUCCCUUCAGAGAACAGAUAAUUGUAUGGAACACUGUUAAGAUCAUUCUCGCGAUCUCGAGCUUUGUAAACAAUUUCCAUAUGCAAAAACUGCCAUACUGCGAGAAUGUCCCUUUCAUACCUUAUACCAUACAUUUGUCAGGUGUAUAUAAUAUAUUUGUUCCCGCGGCUGUCAGUGACUAUUCAUGCCACGAGUACGGUCUAAGGGAGACUAUUCUACUUGGCCUGCAGUCGAAAUUAACAAAACCCAACGGAAAAGAUCGGAGAUCGAAAAAAUAGAAAGAAGUAUUGUAGAAAUAUCUUGAUGAGAUUUAUACCUAGUCAGGGUGACAUAAUUUUGUGUCACAGAGUGUACGUUGUGAUAUCAGGAGUUUCAUGAACCCUUUCUUCCAUUUCACUUUGAUCAUGCUCGCAACACUACCAUUAAAACGUGUGUAACAUGACUCACGCAAUACAAGCAGCUACAGAGAUGCGCCCCGGCUGUCUCCACUUGUUAGGUGAACGGAAUAUGACCAACUUAAUAUUUAGAGUCUUUGAUAGGCAUUUGGAAGAACAUAAAUAAAUGACACUUUUAAGGAUUACAAUAUGAAUAAUUAGGGUUGCUUUAUUCCAGGCGUCUGUAACUUGGACAUCUGUAAUUUAUGAGUGAGUGAGUGAGUACGGUUUAACGCCGCUUUAAGCAAUAUUCCAGCAAUAUCACGGCGGGGGACACCAGAAAUGGGCUUCACACAUUGUACCCAUGUCGGGAAUCGAACCCGGGUCUUCGGCGUGAUGAGCGAACGCUUUAACCACAAGGCUACCCGACCGCCCCCCUGUGAUUUAUGAACUUGCGAACAACCAUCAAACUGUGUACGAUCCCCCUUUCUCCAAGAUAAAAAAUUUAGAAAACAAAUUAGUCACAAGUUCUUUUAUAAACGCCGAGCCAGAAAAUUAUGCUUAAGAAUAAUAUAAAAAAAUCAUACAAAUUGUUUUCCUCCCUGAUUGAGACAAGUAGUACGUUCUCAGUGGCCUGAAGUUGUUUGUUCAAUGAUAUAUACUGUAAACGGGACUCCGAACUCUAUAUUGGUUCAAAAAUGCUCUAAAACUGUUGACACUCCCGUCAUAUUUUACCAAAAACUAAAAUGAAAAUGGCGAAUUUCCAAUUGUUUCUUUUCUCAUCCCACUGACCCUACGAAAAUGCUUACGAAACUCGACUGUAUAAUUAUGUUAAUCUUGCCGAAAAUGUUUACGAAACUCAAAGAAAGGCUACAUUUUCAUGUAUAUUUCUACCACACACCAAAGUCUUUGAGACAAAAGUCCGUUAACCAACCAAUUAAAAAGAUAUAUGAUGUGUGUACAUUUGUAUGUAAUUUUCUCGCCACACGGCAAUGUUUUAAGUCUCUGAUCGACUGUAUAUUGAUGUUAAUCUUGCCCUUGAAAAUAUGUCAAUAUCUUCCAUGUUUGUUGUUCACAUUCUAUUAGUCUAUAAAUGUUGUUAAUGAAUGUGUACGACCUAAUGAAAUAAAUGUGGCCCAGAAAUGCUUUAAAACACUGACUAUGCGAUUGAUAGCGAUCGAUGUAGCCUGACUAGUAUUGGGAGCAUCUGAGGCGGGGGACCCGUGCAGGUAAAUGUGUGAGUGAUGUAUGGAUGUCUGAAAGGAUAUACCUUUCAACAAACUUAACUUUUACCCAUAGAAAUAUGUUUCACGUAAUGUUUCAUGUUUCCACAAUUCUGAAUCCACUCUUGAUUUUACGCCAUCUAGUAUUUAUUGAGAAGCAGUUUUCUUGUCAGCUUCAAUACAUAAGUUUAAAUGUUCCAGGAUAUUAAAAUGUUCUUUUGUACAAGGGUUGUAAUAAACUGUAAAAAGAU